AUGAACCAGGGAAUACGGAAGCCUCUAGAAGCCAGAAAAGAUGAUGUUGUGCCGUAUUUUAAAACUGAGCCAGGCCUACCGCAGAUUCACCUGGAGGGGAACCGCCUUGUUCUCACUUGCCUUGCCGAAGGGAGCUGGCCUUUGGAAUUCAAGUGGAUGCACAAUGACAGUGAGCUCACCACCUACACCAGCGAAUAUAAGUAUAUUAUUCCAUCUCUACAGAGGCUCGAUGCUGGGUUUUACCGCUGUGUGGUGCGGAACAGAAUGGGAGCACUCUUGCAAAGAAGAUCAGAAGUUCAAGUCGCAUAUAUGGGAAAUUUCAUGGAUACAGACCAGAGGAAAACGGUUUCUCAAGGACAUGCAGCAAUUCUCAACUUACUGCCCAUCACCAGCUGCCCCAGACCUCAAGUCACUUGGUUCAGAGAAGGGCACAAGAUUAUUCCAAGCAACAGAAUAGCCAUCACACUGGAGAAUCAACUGGUGAUCCUUGCAGCAGUAGCAAGUGACUCGGGGCCUUACUACGUGCAGGCCGUCAACGAGAGGAACGGGGAGAACAAGACAAGCCCGCUCAUUUAUUUGAGCGUCGCAAGAGAUGUUGGCACACCCGAAACCAUGGCCCCUGUCAUUGUGAUUCCCCCGGGCAACAGAAGCGUGGUGGCUGGGUCCAGUGAGGUCACCUUGGAAUGCAUAGCCAAUGCCAGGCCUGUUGAAGACCUGAGUGUGAGCUGGAAGAGAAACGGGGUGAGGAUCACCAGCGGGCUCCACAGCUUUGGGAGACACCUUACCGUCAGCAACCCGACCUCUUCCGACACCGGGGUGUACGUCUGUGAGGCGACGCUGAGAGGGAGCGCUUUUGAACCAGCCAGAGCAAAAGCCUUUCUUUCCAUCAUAGAGCCACCGUAUUUUACUGCUGAACCUGAGAGCCGGAUUUUGGUUGAAGUGGAAGAAACCGUGGACAUCGUUUGUCAAGCCAUGGGGGUCCCUCUUCCCACCCUCCAGUGGUACAAGGAUGCCAUCUCCAUUAGCAAGCUCCAGAAUCCCCGAUACAAAGUGCUCUCGAGUGGAGGCCUGCGCAUCCAGAAGCUGCGUCCAGAGGACUCCGGAAUCUUCCAGUGCUUUGCCACUAAUGAGGGAGGGGAGAUCCAGACCUACACCUACCUGGACGUCACCAAUGUCGCGCCGGCAUUUACUCAGCUUCCAGUGGACACGACGGUUACUGAUGGGAUGACAGCCAUCCUGAAGUGCGAGGUGUCCGGGGCCCCCAAGCCCGCCAUCACGUGGAAGAGAGGAAACCACAUUUUGGCCAGUGGCUCUGUGCGGAUCCCCAGGUUCAUGCUUCUUGAGUCUGGGGGUCUGCAGAUAACCCCUGUCUUCAUCCAGGAUGCUGGCAACUACACAUGCUACGCAGCCAACACAGAGGGAUCCCUGAAUGCAUCUGCAGCACUAACCGUGUGGAAUCGAACGUCCAUCAUUAACCCUCCCGAGGACCGCGUGGUGAUUAAGGGGACCACGGCCACGCUGGACUGUGGAGCCACCCACGACCCUCGGAUUUCCCUCCGCUACGUCUGGAAGAAGGACAACGUGGUCAUCACCCCCUCCAGCAGUUCCAGAAUUGUGGUGGAGAAGGACGGGUCCCUCCUCAUUAGCCAGACGUGGUCAGGCGACAUUGGAGACUACACCUGCGAAAUUAUUUCUGAAGGAGGGAAUGACUCCAGAAUGGCCCGGCUGGAAGUGAUUGAACUGCCUCAUUCUCCUCAGAACCUCCUGGCCAGCCUGAAUUCUUCCCACAGCCACACCGUGAUGCUCUCUUGGGUUCGACCCUUUGAUGGAAACAGCCCAGUUCUUUAUUACAUUGUGGAGCUGUCCGAAAACAACUCUCCGUGGAAAGUGCAUCUGUCAAAUGUCGGCCCUGAGAUGACAGGCGUUGCCGUGCGUGGCCUGACUCCGGCCCGCACCUAUCAGUUCAGGGUGUGCGCCGUGAAUCAGGUGGGCAAAGGCCAGUACAGCACGGAGACGAGCAGGCUGAUGUUGCCUGAAGAACCACCCAGUGCUCCCCCGAAGAAUAUAGUGGCCAGUGGGCGAACCAAUCAGUCCAUCAUGGUGCAGUGGCAGCCGCCCCCAGAAACGGAGCACAAUGGGGUGCUACGUGGCUACAUCCUCAGGUACCGUCUGGCCGGCCUGCCUGGGGAGUACCAGCAGAGGAACAUCACCAGCCCAGAGGUCAACUACUGCCUGGUGACAGAGCUGAUCAUCUGGACGCAGUAUGAAAUACAGGUGGCAGCUUACAACGGGGCUGGCCUGGGCGUCUUCAGCAGGGCUGUGACCGAGUACACCUUACAAGGAGUGCCUACUGCGCCCCCACAGAACGUGCAGGCGGAAGCUGUGAAUUCCACAACCAUUCAGUUCCUUUGGAACCCUCCACCUCAGCAGUUUAUCAACGGCAUCAACCAGGGAUACAAGCUCCUAGCGUGGCCAGCUGAUGUCCCUGAGGCCAGCACUGUAGUCACCAUUGCUCCGGAUUUCCAUGGAGUCCACCAUGGGUAUAUAACUAACCUGAAGAAGUUCACGGCUUACCUCACCUCGGUCCUGUGUUUCACCACUCCGGGGGACGGGCCUCCCAGUGCGCCUCAGCUCAUAUGGACUCACGAAGACAAGCCGGGAGCUGUGGGACAUCUGAGUUUCACGGAGAUUCUGGACACGUCUCUCAAGGUCAGCUGGCAGGAGCCCCUGGAGAAGAAUGGCAUCAUUACAGGCUAUCAGAUUUCCUGGGAGGUGCACGGGAAGAGCGACUCGCGGCUCACACACACUCUGAGCAGCACGACGCACGAGCAUAAAAUCGAAGGACUGUCCUCUCUCACCACCUACACCAUCGAGGUGGCUGCCGUCACUGCAGCGGGGGCUGGCCUGGCGACUUCGUCCACCAUUUCCUCUGGCGUGCCCCCAGAACUUCCUGGUGCCCCAUCCAACCUGGUCAUUUCCAACAUCAGCCCUCGCUCAGCCACUCUUCAGUUCCGACCGGGCUACGAUGGGAAGACGUCGAUCUCCAGGUGGAUCAUAGAGGGGCAGGUCGGAGCCAUCGGUGAUGAGGAGGAGUGGGUGAGCCUCUACGAGGAGGAGAACGAGCCUGAUGCCCAGAUGCUGGAGAUCCCCAACCUCACGCCCUACACUCAUUACAGAUUUCGAAUGAGGCAGGUGAACAUUGUUGGGGCCAGCCCCUUCAGUCAGUCCUCCCGGGUCAUCCAGACGCUGCAGGCGCCCCCUGAUGUGGCUCCGACCAGCCUCACCGUCCGAACUGCUAGUGAGACCAGCCUGCGGCUCCGCUGGGUGCCCCUGCCUGACUCCCAGUACAACGGGAACCCCGAGUCGGUGGGCUACAGGAUCAAGUACUGGCGCCCCGACCUCCAGUCUCCAGCGCUGACCCAAGUCAUCAACGACCGGCUUGAGAGGGAAUUCACCAUCGAGGAGCUGGAGGAGUGGACCGAGUACGAGCUGCAGAUGCAGGCGUUCAACGCCAUCGGGGCCGGGCCCUGGAGCGAGGUGGUGCGGGGUCGGACGCGGGAGUCAGUUCCUUCGGCCGCCCCGGAAAACGUGUCAGCGGAGGCCGUCAGCUCGACCCAGAUUUUGCUGACGUGGGCUUCGGUACCUGAGCAGGACCAGAACGGGCUCAUCCUGGGCUACAAAAUUCUGUUCCGGGCCAAAGAUCUGGAUCCCGAGCCCAGAAGUCACGUCGUGCGAGGGAACCACACGCAGUCGGCGCUCCUGGCAGGUCUGCGGAAGUUUGUGCUGUACGAGCUCCAGGUGCUGGCCUUCACCCGCAUCGGGAACGGCGUGCCCAGCUCGCCCCUCGUCCUCGAGCGGACCAAGGAUGACGCGCCAGGCCCGCCGGUGAGGCUCGUGUUCCCAGAAGUGAGGCUCACAUCGGUGCGGAUCGUGUGGCAGCCCCCGGAGGAGCCCAACGGCAUCAUUCUGGGCUACCAGAUUGCCUACCGCCUGGCCAGCAGCAGCCCCAACACGUUCACCACAGUGGAGGUCGGCGCCACGGUGCGGCAGUUCACGGCCACCGAGCUGGCCCCAGAGUCUGCGUACAUCUUCCGGCUGUCGGCCAAGACGAGGCAGGGCUGGGGGGAGCCGCUGGAGGCCACCGUCAUCACCACUGAGAAGAGAGAGAGACCGGCGCCCCCCAGAGAGCUCCUGGUGCCCCAGGCAGAAGUGACAGCUCGCAGUCUCCGGCUCCAGUGGGUCCCAGGCAGCGACGGGGCCUCCCCGAUCCGGUACUUCACUGUGCAGGUGCGAGAGCUGCCCAGGGGAGAGUGGCAGACCUACUCCUCGUCCAUCAGCCACGAGGCCACAGCCUGUGAGGUCGAAAGGCUGAGGCCCUUCACCUCCUACAAGCUGCGCCUGAAAGCCACCAAUGACAUCGGGGACAGUGACUUCAGCGUGGAGACGGAGGCAGUGACCACCCUGCAGGAUGUUCCGGGAGAGCCUCCAAGCUUCAUCUCAGUGACGCCACACACCACUUCCUCUGUCCUGAUCCAGUGGCAGCCCCCAAGGGACGAAAGCCUGAACGGCCUUCUGCAGGGGUACAGGAUCUACUACCGGGAGCUGGAGUACGAGGCGGCCUCAGCCACUGAGUCCAAGACGCUCAAAACGCCCUCGGCUUUACGGGCCGAGCUCACAGCCCAAAGCAGCUUCAAGACUGUGAACAGCAGCUCCACGUUAACGACAUAUGAAUUAACACAUCUGAGGAAGUACCGGCGCUACGAAGUGGUCAUGACGGCCUACAACAUCAUCGGCGAGAGCCCGGCCAGCGCGCCCGUGGAGGUCUUCGUCGGCGAGGCCGCCCCGGCCUUGGCCCCGCAGAACGUCCAGGUGAACCCGCUCACGGCCAGCCAGCUGGAGGUCACGUGGGACCCGCCGCCGCCCGAGAGCCAGAACGGAAACAUCCAGGGCUACAAGAUUUACUACUGGGAGGCAGACAGCCGGAACGAGACGGAGAAAAUGAAGGUGCUGUUCCUGCCAGAGACGGCGGUGAAGCUGAAGAACCUGACCAGCCACACCAAAUACCUGGUCAGCAUAUCGGCCUUCAAUGCUGCUGGAGACGGGCCCAAAAGUGACCCCAGGCAGGGGCACACCCAUGAGGCCGCUCCGGGGACCCCCAGCUUUCUGGCGUUCUCCGAAAUCACCUCCACCACGCUUAACGUUUCCUGGGGUGAGCCGCUGGCAGCCAAUGGCAUCCUGCAGGGCUAUCGAGUGGUGUAUGAGCCCUUAGCACCUGUCCAAGGGGUGAGCAAGGUGGUGACAGUGGACGUGAAAGGCAACCGGCAGCGCUGGCUGAAGGUGCGGGACCUCACAAAGGGAGUGACCUAUUUCUUCCGUGUGCAAGCGCGGACCAUCACCUACGGGCCCGAGCUACAGGCAAAUGUCACAGCCGGGCCGGCCGUGGGUUCCCCGGGUGCACCUAGACAUAUCUCAGUCACAAAAGCCGCCUCUGAACUGACCCUGCAGUGGACCGAGGGGGAUGCUGGCAAGGCGCCUACCACCGGCUACGUCAUUGAGGCCAGGCCCUCAGAUGAAGGCCUGUGGGACAUGUUUGUGAAGGACAUCCCCCGGAGCGCCACGUCCUACACCGUCAGCCUGGAUAGGCUCAGGCAAGGAGUGACCUACGAGUUCCGGGUGGUGGCCGUGAACCAGGUGGGCUAUGGGGAGCCCAGCAGACCCUCCACAGCCGUGUCAGCUCAGGUGGAAACCCCGUUCUACGAGGAGUGGUGGUUCCUCCUGGUGAUGGCGCUGUCUAGCCUGAUCAUCAUCCUGCUGGUGGUGUUCGCCCUGGUCCUGCACGGACAGAACAAGAAGUACAAGAACUGUACCACAGGUAAGAGCCUUUCCAACAUGGAGGAGUCGGUGACCCUGGAUAACGGGGGAUUUGCUGCGCUGGAGCUCAACAGCCGCCACCUCAAUGUCAGGAACACCUUCUCGAAGAAGAACGGGACCAGGUCCCCACCGCGCCCGAGCCCCGGUGGGCUGCACUACUCAGACGAGGACAUUUGCAACAAGUACAACGGCGCCGUGCUGACCGAGAGCAUGAACCUCAAGGAGAAGUCGGUGGACGCCUCGGAAUCUGAGGGCACCGACUCGGAGUCCGAGGACGCGCCACCCCAGCACUCCUUCGUCAACCACUACAUGAGCGACCCCACCUACUACAACUCGUGGAAGCGCCGGGCGCCUGGCGGGCGCGCCGCCCCGCACAGGUACGAGGCGGUGGCGGGGGCCGAGGUGGGCCCGCCGCUGCACGCUGUGGUCACCACGCAGAGCGCCGUGUUCGCGCCCGCAGGGCCCGGCGCCCGGACUCCGCUCACCGGCUUCUCCUCCUUCGUGUGAGGCCGCCCGUCCCGGAGCCUAUUUUUAAGACAAUCAACUCCAGUAACUGAGCUCCAGUUUUUGUUUAACACAAAUUCUGAUGCGUGAUGAUUUUACCUACUUGUGAACACUAGAUUUCAAUUAGAAAGGUUUUUUUAAUGGCUUUUUGUAACGUCGCUGCAGGAAGCGGGUUCCUUUGGUUUUCUUUUCUUUUUACGAGAAGGUGUAUUUCACUGGUGCAAUGGCGUGGCACCCCCGGGCCUCUGAAGACCUCAGACCUCCCCGGUGCCGGGUUUCUCCAUCCUAACGUCCAACUAGGAAGGCUGGAGGGGGAGGAAGGGCUGGGGGUCGCGUGAGACCCCCACCUGCCUCCAGGCCGCUCCCCCCUCUGCUCUACCUCCUCUGCCUGCGGAGAACCAGAGGCCCCGGACGGACGGACGCUGCCUCUGUGACAGCUGGGGCUGCAGCUCUCUCCCAGGGUCUGAAGAGCCAGCGGCUGACCUGGGCUCAGGGCUCUCCGACCGACCGCGCCCGGCUCUGCAGGGUCCCCACUGCACAGGUUCCAGGCGGGAAUCAGCUUUAAGGCUCCGGCAGUGGGGCAGGAGAUUCCAGGGGACGUCCUCUGACCCGGUGAUGGCUCAGCGGCUGCGUUCUGUCGUGCCAGUGGUGAAAGAUUCGGGGCUUUCUUCCUCCUUUCUUUCUUUAAACCCCAUAGUGCAGGAGCAGGAAACCACCCCCACGGCUAGAAGCCACCCCGAUGGCCCUUAGCAAGCCAGCUCCUCCCCGUGAACACACAGCACAGGCCGGCCCAUUGGCCCGGAGAAAAGGAGCCGGCGGUUUCAGAAUUGCUUGUUGUGUAAGAGGUGUGCAUUGUUAACCAGAGUAUUUUUUAAACCUUUUUAUCUUUUUUUAAAAUAUGUCACAUGAAAUGAAUGAGUCUCUGCUGUCUCCAGGUGCCUUUUUCUUAAUUGUUUAGCUUUGUACACGGGAAAGACGAAAAGCGACAGUCUCCAAAUAAAGCGAAGCGGCUCUGAGGAGCCGAGGGCUGGCCCGCUAGAGCUCACAGCCCUCCGUGCCCGGGGGCAGCUGGCCCCCGAGGUCCCCCGGCCACCCCCGCUGCCUGCGCCUUGCCCGCCAGCGCUGCUGUUUCCCGUCCCCCCAUCCGAGGCCAGCUUUUAGCCUUAACAGGUUUUCUGGAAAAACUUAUUUUCCCCUUUGUUAUUGUUUAGCUUUAGUUUUUUAGCUAAAUGAAGAUAGCAUGAACUGCUUGGAAAGUCUUGGGUUCUAAACCGUCGCUGUGCCUCCAGCCCAUCGCAUUAUUUUCGCAACAGGUGUCUGAGGUGGCAGAGGGACGGGUGUCCAGUCCCCCAGCCCAGAGCCGGGUCUGGAUGUCACCUGAGUGCUGCUGGCGCCAGCCCGUGUGUGUGUCCGGGAGGGCCCCACGUCCCUGUCCCGCCAGCAGGAGUGUGGCACAUGAGAGACGCACGGCCACUCUGUCUGUGCACAGGGCAGCAGGGCAGUGCUGUCCCCCAGGUGGCGUGCCGGGGCCCUGAGGGUGGAGGUGCCGGGCCAGCACCUCAUGCGGAACAUGUGACCCUCUCCUUCCUCCACCUCCAGGGGACAGAGGGCAUCUUCAUGCUCUGCUGUCAGAGUUGCUGGCUGUGGCCCCAGGAGACCAAGGAGAGUUUUGUGUUGGGUGAAAAGGCCCUUUUCAGUUUUUCCAAAAGUAGAGGGUGUGUGUGGAAAGGUUCCUUCCUCUCUCUCUCCUCCUCCCGCCCCUUCCUUCCUUCCCUCCCUCCCUCCCUGCCUUCUCUCUCUCCUUCUCCCAUUCCUUCCUUCUUUUUGUGAGUGGAGGGGGAAAUGUUGUAAACCAAAAAUCCCAGACACUCUGCCCAAAGCCGCUUCUGCGCGAGCCUCGCCCCCCACAGUUCACUGGACACGACCCUCCGGGGGCACAGAGCCCACCUCCCUCCUCUCGGCCCCAAGACCCAGGUGGCCAGGAACCCGCAAGGCUGCGACCUGGCCUUCCUGGAAGAGAAGGGCUGGAUGGAGAACGUGGACCGCACUGCCUCUGUGCACUCUGCUCUCUAAGCCAUACGGACGUCACUUUACGUCAUGGGGGACAGUGCCACGCCGUCCUGGGAGGAGGACAAUCCGGGCUGAGGUGUGGUUUUUGCUUUUGGGUUUGUGACAACCACAUGACACUUCUUUUCAGGCUCACUGCAUUUCCUGUAUUCUCUCUACUUUGAGUAAGCUUUUUUGGUAUGGAAUUGUCUGUGGAGGCUGCAUGGGCACCAUGGCUACUGAGGGACUGUUGGCGUCUGCCCUCCCCCGGCCCUGGGGGGCUCUGACCCACGAGAGACACCUGCAUCGAAGGAACAGAGUUGGUGUUUCUGGUUAGAGUUCAGCCCCUUCACAAUAUGGGCCUUGAGAAGCCUCUCGUCUUUAGGGUGGAAAAAAAAAUCACAUGACAGGAAAAUGGAUAUUGGACUUUAAUCUCAGUUCUGAACAAAGGACAAGCACUGGUUUUUAACCGGGGCAAGAUGAGCGUCCUCUUCCUGCCUUCCUCUGCAGUGGUGCCACUCAGGUGCCUCCUGGGGAGCAGGGGCUGCGGGGGCCCCGUGGAAGCCCCCAGCUGGCCGUGAAGAGCAGCGAUGACCAUGAGCUGCCCCUGCCUGGGAGGAGGACCCUCGAGGCAGCCGGGAGGGCCCCCCCUCUGUCGGAGCGGCAGGGAUGGGCUUGCACGGGGCACCAGGGCACAGGUGUCCAGACAGGGGGGCGGCAGGCGGGGCGGUGGCAGUCCCUGUGCCCUGCGGGUGUUAAGCACAUCAACUUGACCUCGUUUACCUCGUCCUCUGAAUGAGGCCCAGACGGAGCCCUCUCCUGCCCCAGCCUUCCGUCCCCGCCAUGCUUUCAAGGAUCACCCCAUGAAAACGUCACAGCCGAGGAAGACCGGAUGUGAGGCGGUGCGGGGAUGCCCCCACCCCCGGCCAUGGAAGAGACCACGAGUGGGCGGCCCUCCGCCACGGAAAGCUUCCGCCCUCUGGAAACCUUUUUAGCUGCCGCGCUUGGACCUCAUCACCACGGGACUGAAGCAUGGUGUUUGCAUACCGAUUCAUAGCAUGGUUUUCAGUUUUUCGGAAUUCUUGGCACACGGUGUAGUUCUUCUCCCAAUGAGCCAUCGGUCCGCGUAGCCAACGUGGCUCUCUUUGAUUCCGCAUCCCUGUAGCACGGAUCCGGUCUGAGAGGUGGAAGGACGUAGAAAUCCGCGGACAGGGCUAGCCUGCCGAGGCCACCUCCUCUCUCAGCGCCACCUCUGGUCUCUGGAGAGAGUAGGUCAGUCCUGAAGUUUUCCCCACAAUCUUUCCUGGAAUUGUGCAGAAAACCAGAUCUCAUUAAAAAGAAAAAAAAAAAAAAACCCCAACUUGUAGGAAGACAGAGAGGUGCUAUGGGUACGAUUUUUAAUAAAAACAUCAUUUUGUUCCUUAUGCGCUUGUGAUUUUCUUCAAGUAUUGAUGAAAUGACUCAUGAAUUCUAGGCUGUAAAGAUGAAGCACUGAAUCUGAACCCAGAGCUGUUCCAGACCCCCUCCUGUUGACGUGCAGGCGGCACGGACGUGCGGGACAGGCAGCAGGGGCCAGAGGGAUCCCAGCUCUCCUGGGGAAUGCACUCCGGGGGCAGCACCCUGGCCAUGAGCCAGGUGGCCUGUGACGGGUGGCCUGGAAUCUGCGCCCCGAGUGGACCGCAGCCAUUCUCAGCACCAGUGCCAGGCCCCCACCACCUGGCCGUCCCCCCAAAGACUUCACGGGUGCCCACAGGGGAGACUGCUUGUUACGAAAGUUAGGCUGGGGGAGUGCAGGGCCCUGAGCAAGACUGCCUUCCCUUCUAAGGACUCUCCCCUCGCCCAAGGGCCUCCGCAGGCUCAGAGGGGGCUCUGAGUGGGGGAAUGAACGGGCCAUUCCCUCUCUUUCUGGCUAGAGGGUUGGACUUGUGUGCAACAGGGGCAUGCGGCCACAACACUGGGUCCACCAGGAGGGGUGCAUCUUCGCCCUUGUCGUGGGGUCCUGCCAGCCUCCGAGGGUGGUUCUCAACCGCGGUGCUUAAAAGUCCCAGCGCCCAGGACACACCCAGACCAGUGAAGAUAGUCUCUGGGCGUGGAGCCUGGCAGCCAUUUGUUUUCUUUUGAAAGCUCCCCGAGUGAUUCCCACGUGCGGCCAAGGAGGGGGUGUUAGGAAGAGGCCACGGCUGCCAGCUGCAGGGAGGAGGUGGGCCGGGUCCCGGGAGAAGGGGCCUGUGGCUCCCACUUUGUCCGUUUGCUCCAGAAGCAACCACUGCCAUUGAUGAGCCAAAUGUAAGAGCAUUUUCAUUUUUCUCUCUCUUCUCCACCAUUUCCCCCCUGCAUCCCAUCUCCCAUAAAUACGAAAUUAAAAUCUGCACAUUUUCCACCGUCUCCGGUAUUUUGGAAAUCGCAGCUGCCGUGUAGAAGAGAGUUGGCAUUUAUCAAACACAUACCGUGUGCCGGGCUGUGUUCUGUGCACUUUUCAUGGGUCCAUCCACGGGUCCCGGGACUCCUCCAGGACCUGAGGAGAUAGGCACAGUCAGGGGUCCCGUUUUGUAGGUAAGGAACCGCGACCAGAGAGGGGGAGCUAUUUGCCCCAUGGUAGACAGCCAGUGAGCAGCAGAUCCCGGGUGCAGACCUUAGGCAGCUGAGGGCUACAACCACUGCCCCGCACUGCCUCCCAAGAGGCCGUCAGCUCUCACCUCAGCUGUCCUCAGACCCGUGGACAGUUAGUCUUGGAGAAGCAGGUGCUGCUACACCCAACUCAGAGCCGAGGCAGUCAGGGCACCUGCACAGCAACAUACAGAAGAUUCCAUUGUCCCCACGUCAUCGUCUCCUAAAUUAAUAAAGAGAAAAUGGCCGU